AUGCAUUUCUCAAACGUCAGGGCAGCCACGCUGCUGGCUCUGUCGAGCGCCGCCUCACUCGUGAGCGGCCUCGGCCAGAAGCCCAUCAUCGGCUUCUCCGAGUCCGACGGCAGCUUCCAGAUCGCCGGUGGAGCAGUCUCGGCCGGGCAGAUCCGCGUCUCCAGCAAUGACUACUGGGGCGUGGUCCGCGCCGCCGGCGACCUCGCCCUCGACUUCGGUCGCGUCACGGGCACCAAUUACACGCUCAGCAAUGGUGACAAGGGCUCGGCCCCUGCUUCAUACGUGUACAACCCGAUCAAUAACAUGAACAACACCUUUUACGAGACCACGGGAACCUCGUCCUUCCCCGGCCCGUCGUACGCGGACCCGUCUCCGGCCGACACUGUUAUCAUCGUCGGCACUAUCGGUCAUUCGAGGGUGAUCGAUAGGCUGAUUGAGUCGAAAGCCCUCGACGUGUCCGCCAUCGAGGGCAAGUGGGAGGCCUUCGUCAGCCAGCUUGUGAAGAACCCCGUCGACGGGACCGCUCAGGCCCUGGUCAUCGCCGGCAGCGACCCGCGAGGCACCAUCUAUGGCAUCUACGAUGUCAGCGAGCAGAUCGGUGUUAGCCCGUGGUACUUCUGGGCCGAUGUCCCCGCCAAGCAGAACAAGAACAUCUACGUCCUUUCGGACAAGAAGGUCCAGGAAUCCCCGAGUGUCAAGUACCGAGGCCUCUUCUUCAACGACGAGCAGCCGGCUCUGACGAACUGGGUCGCCUCGCAUUGGGCAGACACGCCGUAUGGCGCCGGCUACGGACCCCAGUUCUACGGCCUCGUGUUCGAGCUCCUGCUGCGUCUACGGGCUAACUACCUGUGGCCCGCCAUCUGGGGCACCAUGUUCGAGGUCGAUGACCCGGCCAACCAGCCCCUCGCCGACGCCUUCGAGAUCGUUAUGGGCAGCUCCCACACGGAGCCGCUCAUGCGUGCCCAGAACGAGUUUGGCCACUUCUACGAGGGCCCCUGGGCGUACAACCUGAACAACGAGACCAUCGACGAGUACUUCCGCUACGGCGUCCAGAGGGCCAAGCCCUAUGCCCGGAACAGCCUGUGGACAAUGGGCAUGCGUGGCUCUGGUGACACUGCCAUUGAGGGCCUCGGCGUCGACAAGAUCGUGACCAUGCUCGAGGAGCUAGUCAAGAACCAGCAGACCAUCAUCAGCGAAGGGCUCGACACCAACAUCUCCACCGUGCCCCAGAUGUGGUGCCUGUACAAGGAGGUCAUGACCUACACCUUCCAGGGCCUGCAGGUGCCCGAGGACAUCACCCUGCUCUGGGCUGACGACAACUGGGGCAACGUCAGGAGGCUGCCUCUCCAGAACGAGACCUCGAGGGCUGGCGGUGCAGGUGUCUACUACCACUUUGACUACGUCGGUGAUCCGCGCAACUACAAGUGGCUGAACAACGUCCAGCUUUCAAAGACGGCCGAGCAGAUGCACCUUGCCUACUCCCGCGGCGCUGACAGGAUUUGGAUCGUCAACGUCGGCGACCUCAAGCCGCUCGAGAUCCCCAUCAGCCACUGGUUCGACAUGGCGUACGACGCCAAGAAGUGGAACGUCGACAGCACCGGCGAGUGGACGGAGGCAUGGGCCGCGAGGGAGUUUGGCAAGGACCUGUCGGCUAACAUCUCGGACGUGGUCUCAAAGUUCAGCAUGUAUGCGAGCCGUCGCAAGUUCGAGAUGGUCGAGCCUCAGACCUACUCGGUCCUCAACUACAACGAGGCGGACGCAACCCUGGAGCAAUGGGCCACGCUUGCCGAGGCCGCUCAGGCCAUAUACAGCGGCCUCGACAAGGAUGCCCAGCCGGCCUUCUUCCAGAUGGUCCUGCACCCCAUCCUGGCUGGCGAGAUCAUCCACAAGGUCUACAUCGGCGCGGCCAAGAACUUGUUGUACGCUGGCCAGAAGAGGAACUCGGCCAACGACAUGAUCAACUAUGUGCUGGCAGCUUCCGAAGCCGACGUUAACCUUACCCUGAGGUGGAACGACAUGCUUGACGGCAAAUGGAACCACAUGAUGGACCAAACCCACCUGGGAUAUGACGGAUACUGGCAACAGCCUAUGCGAAACACCCUGCCCGCCAUGUCGUACGUCCAGACAGCCUUUGCCGCCCUCUCCGGCCACGUCGGCGUUGGUGUGGAGGGCUCCAACGCGACGGUCCAGGGCGAUGACAAGUGGCACGCCAACAGCGGUGCCACCCUCGCCGUGCCACCCAUGGACCCGUAUGGCCCCGUGACCCGCUGGUUCGAUGUCUUCUCCCGGGGCACCAACUCGUGCACCUGGACCGCCUCCCCCUGGGCCCCUUGGGUGAAGCUUUCCCAGUACAACGGCACCGUCGGCGGCGACAACGGCAGCGACUCGCGCGUCUUCAUCUCCAUCGAUUGGGACAAUGCACCAAAGGCACCUAACUCGACCGUCGUCAACAUCAACAUCACCACCCCGUGCCGAUCCUUCGACAAGUACGGCUUCCCGGAGCCGUUGGUUCAGGUCCCCGUCGUGAACCGCGGCCUCCCCUCCAACUUCACCAAGGGCUACGUUGAGUCCGACGGGCACGUCUCCAUCGAGGGCCCACACUACCAGGCCAUCGUCGCGGCGUCGGGCUCGUCGUCCAACUCCAGCGGCAGCGGCAACUCCAGCACCAGCAUCUCCAAGCGCGGCGCAAACUCGGACGCCGUGACCUACCACACGUUCGAGCAGUACGGCCGCACGUCGGGCGGCGUGGGUCUCUGGCCGCAGGACACGGACAAGCUCAGCGUGUCGACAGCGCCCGCGCUCGAGUACAACAUGUACCUCUUCACCAACACCACCGCGGCCAACGUGACGCUGUACAUCUCCCCCUCGCACAACUACCUCGGCGAUGGCAACCCGCUCGAGUACGCCAUCGCGCUGUUCCCGUCCGGGUCCGCGCAGCCGGAGCCGAAGCUGGUGCGGCCCGUCGGCGACACCGUCGGCACGGGCAUGCCGGCCGGCUGGGGCUACGCCGUCGGCGACGCCGUGUGGGGCCACCAGGGCAACUACACGACGACGCCGUUCAGCGUCGAGGCCGAGGGCGCGUACACGCUGCGCGUGUGGUGCCUGCUGCCCAGCAUCGUCGUGCAGAAGGUCAUUGUUGAUCUCGGCGGCGUCAGGCCCAGCUACCUCGGCCCGCCGGAGAGCUUCCUCGUCUCGAGGGACGAGCAGGGCGAGUACAACCAGACUAGCUACAUCAACGCUGUUGAUGUUGUCGGGGGCGCGGGCAAUGGCAACCUGACCAGGAUCACGGUGAAGACCAGCGCCGCUGGAAUGGUUGGUGGCGGCGGUGUGUUGGGUGCCGGUGCGGUUGCCGUUGUGUUGGUCCGAGUGCGACCAUUCACGAUCAGAGAAGCAGCCCAACUAGUGAAAACCGAUGAUGGCACAGUCUUCCUCGGCGAUGGCUCUCUCGCGGCGGCGCCGACACCCAAACUCAACCAGCGAGGUAUACGAUCAGUGAUCAAGGUGGUGGACGAUAGGUGCCUUGUUUUCGACCCUCCCGAAGAUAACCCCAUCCAGAAGUUUUCGAGAUCCGUCGUGCCAAUGGGGAAGAAGGUCAAGGACCAGGUAUUUGCCUUCGACCGCAUCUUCGACGACAACGCAUCACAGACGGACGUGUACGAAGGAACAACGAAGAAUCUGCUGGAUAGCGUUCUCGACGGUUACAAUGCCACGGUCUUUGCGUACGGCGCCACAGGGUGUGGCAAAACACACACGAUUACCGGCACGGCACAACAACCGGGCAUCAUAUUCCUCACGAUGCAGGAGUUGUUCGAGAAGAUAAAUGAGAGGAGCGAUGACAAGGUCACCGAAAUCACACUGUCGUACCUAGAGAUCUACAACGAGACGAUCCGAGACCUGCUGGUUCCCGGGGGUAGCAAGCAGGGCCUGAUGCUCCGGGAGGAUUCCAAUCAAGGAGUCUCGGUGGCGGGAUUGACGAGCCACCACCCCAAGGGCGUGCAGGAGGUUAUGGACAUGAUUGUUCUGGGCAACGAGUACCGGACAGUGUCGCCAACCGAGGCCAAUGCUGUGUCCUCGAGAUCGCACGCCGUUCUGCAGAUCAACGUCGCCCAGAAGGAUCGCAACGCCGACAUCAACGAACCCCAUACGAUGGCCACGCUGAGCAUCAUCGACUUGGCCGGCAGCGAAAGGGCGAGCGCGACAAAGAACCGGGGCGAGAGGCUGCUGGAGGGAGCGAACAUCAACAAGUCUCUCCUCGCGUUGGGCAGCUGCAUCAACGCCCUCUGUGAUGUACGGAAGAAGAACCACGUGCCUUACCGCAACAGCAAGCUCACGCGGCUGCUGAAAUUCUCCCUUGGUGGGAACUGCAAGACCGUCAUGAUUGUCUGUGUCAGUCCCUCCAGCGCCCACUUCGACGAGACACAAAACACACUGCGAUACGCGAACCGAGCCAAGAACAUCCAGACCAAGGUGACUAGGAACGUGUUUAACGUCAACCGACACGUCAAGGACUUCCUGGUCAAGAUCGACGAGCAGAUCGCACUCAUCAACGAGCUCAAGGCUCAGCAGAAGGACGCCGAGAACAUCUUCUUUGCCAAGUUCCGCAAGCAACUCGACAAGAGAGAAUGCAUCGCCCGCGAAGGGGUGGCGCGGUUGAGGACGGCAUAUGAAAACUCGGCGCCGGAGCGACAGGAGAAGGUCUCCACCAUGAAGCGGUUGAGGGCCAUUGAGAGGCGCAUCGGAUUGCUCUCGGCCUGGAUCGGUUCCUUUGACGCUAUCUGCGAGGCUCGGGAGGACGUAGACGCCAUGCCGCCCAAUCUGGCAAGCAUGCGGAAGACGGCGCAGGGAAUCCUGGUCGAACUCGAGAGCAGCCGCCAGCACAUGCACCAAAGGUUGGAGAAAUCUAACUGGGAGCGGGCGAUCGACUCGGCGCUGCAGCACAGCAUCUCGCAACUGUCGGCCGUUGACGCCGCUGACGGUGGAGACCAGGACGUCCUGCUUCGAGAGGCCGAGGUGCUCAAGUCCAACUUUAUGCGCGACGCGUACCGCGAGGUAUUGGAACUCGACAAGGCCGGUGAUACAGGCACAGUCCAGGUUCUACUUACCGCGCAGUUCGACCUCUUGGCAUCGCUCUCGGAGACUCUCAACAUGAGCGAGGAGGAGGCCAUCGCCCACGCCAAGUCCCUUAUCAACCGCCUUCUCCAGGUCGGCUACACUGCUGCCGGCCAGGUUAUCAAGCCGGAUGGCUCCAUGCCGCCCGCUGAGAUGUUCCCGCCGUCAAAGAGAGGAACGCCGAAGCGCAAGAAGAUGGCCAGCUUCAACGCGAGACCGGUCGCUUCCCCUGCAUUCGGAGCCAUGUCAACCGCACAGCAGGAGGCUGUAAUGUCCCCGAUGAAAGCCUCCCCGCGGAGGAGGAAGGUGGCCGUGGGUCGAAAAGGCGUGUCGUUCACCCCCGUAAAGAAGAAGUCGCCGUCGAGGCGCGUGGUGCGAUGGCGCGACGACGAGACGGAGGAAGGCACCCUGGCGGAUUUCGAGAAGACGCCGCAGAAGUUUGGAUCGACGCCUGAGGGCAGCUCGGAAGAGAAGGAGACCCCGCCGGUCCCUCCGCUGCUAUCGUAUUCAUAUCUGAACAACGCCGACUCCCAGUCUGACUCGAGCCCAUCCCUUACUCUUCCCGACAUGACGAGUCUUUCUGCAGGGAAACCAAAUAACCGGUUCCAGGCCGGUUUCCUCUCCAAAUCCAAAGGACCACAGCCGACAACAACUUCCAACGGAUCACCAAUCCCGCCAACAUUGACCCUCAGCCUCUCCCCCUCGUCAGACGAAGAGCGCCCAAGCCCACUCCGCUCCAUCCCGGUGAGCACAGCCGCUAACACCCUGUCGCCACCGCCGAGGAGCAACAGGAGCCCGAAGCCGACCACCUCCCUUACGGCAGCCGACGAAAAUAAGGCGCCCUCGAGGCGGUCCCCAUCGGCGUCGGCGUCGGCAUCGUCCUCCUCGGACUCGGAAUCGCCCUCGACCAUCGACGCCCACAAGCUGCGCUCGGCGCUCCACUCGGCCAAGCGCCGCGACCGCGUCUCCUCCGUGUCGGCGGCGGCCACCGCCUCGGGCGCAAAGCGAAUGUCGACGUCAGGCGUCGCCGGAGUCGGGUCCUCGUCCGGCAGCGGUGGUGGGUCCGGCCACAGGCCGUCGGCGAGCUACUCCGGUCCCGCGUCGGCGAGCUCGACGAACGGGAUAUCGAGGCAUAAUCGCAGGGGCAGCGCCGAGAGGCGCCGGUCGCCGCCUAUGGUGUGCUCGCCGCCGGGGUUUACGCCUGGGCAGGCGAGGCGCAUGAACCUCGGCGGGAGCGUCAGGAUGGAUGUCGGGAGCCCGCAGAGUGACCGUGCUGAUGGGAGGGUUAGGAGGAUCACCAUCGCCGAUGAUGGCCCCGCCUGCCUGUUCCGUCGGGUUGAGAUGAGCUGA